UCCCCCGCCAUCUCUAAAAAUCCCCCCCCCUUCUUCCCCAAUUUCUAGAUCUUCAAUCUCUCUUUUACAGUCCCCAUCAUGAUCUCGGUCAUGAACGAAUUCGAGAUCGAUCGAAACCCUAACUCAGCUCCCGACCUCUCCUUCUUGGGCAUGGAAUCGCCCAAAGACGAGGCAGAAAUGGAUCCGAUCGAGCCUGAGAUCCCUCCAUCCCUCGAUCUCGAGGGAUCUAGGGUUAGGGUUUCUGAUCCAAACGAAGAAGCCCCUUUCGAGAUGAAUGGGCUAGUGAUCGGCGACAUGGUCUGGGGCAAGGUGAAGUCUCAUCCGUGGUGGCCUGGCCACCUGUACAACGAGGCCUUUGCCUCGCCUUCGGUUCGGAGUGCGAAGAGGGAUGGUUUGGUUUUAGUUGCUUUCUUUGGCGACAACAGCUAUGGGUGGUUCAAUCCGGCCGAGUUGAUCCCCUACGAGCCGAACUUCUUGGAGAAAUCGAAGCAAACGCUGUUGAGGAGCUUCGUCAAUGCCGUGGAGGAGUCGAUCGAUGAAGCGGGCAGAAGGGCUGCUCUCUGUCUUUCUUGCAGGUGCGAGAACCCUUACAAUUUCAGGCCAACGAGAGUUCCGAACUACUUCAAAGUCGAUGUUGUUGGGUACGAGCGAAAUGCGGUUUACUCGAGGAGGCAGAUCGAUAAGGAAAGGAGUUCCUUUGUGCCGAAGGAUGCGGUUGGUUUCUUACGCGAGCUGGCUUUGAUGCCGAGAGGAGACAAGGUUAAGGACGUGGAGUGGCAUCGGAAGUUGGCCGUGUGGCUCGCGGUGAGGAGGCAUAGGUUUGAGGAAUUCGACGAGACCUACGCGCAAGCGUUUGGGCAGCAGCCGGUGCGGCCAGUGAGGAACGAGAUGGGGGUGCUGGAGCAAUCUGAGAGUUUUGCUCCUCGAGGUAUAAAUGCUUUAACGCCAGUGUUAGAGGUUUAUAAUUUGUAUUAUAACAGCUCUGAUUGCAUGAUUUUUGUGACUGGUUUAUGUUUAUGCCAUCAUUUGACAUGCCUAGGUAGCUGUGCUCAAUUAUUAGUGUAUUUGUUGCCUGUGAAUUAUGCAAUGUUUGCGGGAGGGCUUUCUCAAACAAUCUUGCAAUGGUAUAGGUAUGAAAAAUUAUCUUUUCUUGUUGAAGAAGAAGAAGAGGAAGGAGGAGGACGAGUACGUUCUCAAGCGAAGAAGAGACGAGCGCUCUCUCUCAUCCCUUCCCGACGCCUACUUCCCCGAGAACAAGCUGCAACGAAGCACUCCCUCCGAUUAUGUCCAUCAGAAGAGAGAAUCCGCGGUUACAGAAUCGCGACCAGCGCCACCACCCAUGCCGAUGCCAGCAUUGGAGACCAGUGCGGGCGAGAAACAGCAUCCGCCGAUGCUGUAAUUAAGAACACGGUCAAGAAGAUCAAGAAACGCCCUCCGGAGGACGCGAACGACCAAGAGGAGACGAACAAGUUGAAGAAGAAGAAAAAGAAGCAACAUGGAGACGGUUUCAGGAGGGAUUCUGCGCCGGUGUUCAACAAUCCAACACCGGCAGAAGCUAAUCCUGUUGCUUCUCCUCGUCCGCUGUCUCCGCCUGAUGUGGACUUGGGUCCCUUGGAUCAUGUCGAGCUGCGCAAUGUCGUGGCUGACCUCCGUUCACUUGCCCUCGAUCCUUUCUAUGGUGUUGAAAGCAAAGUCCCGGAGAUUCUUCACCAUGUCCUGGUCAGAUUCCGAUCACUUGCUUACUUGAAAAGCAGCGUUCUUCCUGCAUCCGCUGAGGGUGAUGCUCAAGGUAGUCGAGAGGCGACAGAGAAGAGAAAGCAGAGAGAUGAGAGCUCAUCAUCAUCUUCGAAGCCUGUCCAACUCCUGAAGAGGCCUGAAGACCCUACAAAAGCUGGUAUAAAGCGCGCUCCGUCAGAACGACAGGAAGAGAUGUCGGCCAAACGGAUGAAGAAGGUGAGCAACCUGAAAUCGCUUGCUAGCGAGAAGAAAAGGCACCCGCAGCAAUUUCUCAGAAAGCAUCCAACAACAAUGGAACAGCUUCAUCAAGCACAGAGUCAGGCAGGAAGCCGGAGAGGCAAGAACGACCGCUACCGCCCCCCCCCCCCGCCGCUGCUGCCGCCUCCUCCUCUGAGGAGGGAGAGUCCUACGUUUCUGGCAAUGAAAUUCCCGCUGGGGUCGAAGUUGCCAUCAGUGGCGAAUCUCAAAGCUCGGUUCGCUCGGUUUGGACCUCUCGAAGUCGAGAAUACCCGUGUGUUCUGGAAAUCUCAUUCAUGCCGAGUUCAGUUCAAGUACAAGUCAGAUGCCAUCAGAGCUCUAAACUUAGUUAAGGGCGAUGAUGUCUUCGGACAGAUUCAGGUGGAGUACAGUGUGAGGGAGGUCGAGGCUCCAGCUCCAGAGCCAGUGGUGCCACACCCCCCGAUACUGAAGAAGCCCGCCGACGAGGCUGGAAAGGAGAGACAGAGAGUGAAGUUCAUGUUAUCGGGCAAUGAUAAUGGCGACGGUAAAAACACCAAGAAGGUAAGUGUUAGUUUCACUGACGUAGCACGGCCGCCACGCCCACCAUCCCCGCCUCCUCAGUCUCGUCGAACCUCAGCGCAACCUUCGCCCCCGGCUCGAACCAACGAACCCUUUAAAACCGCAGCGCGACCUUCACUUCCUCCACCCCCAGCCCGAUCCUAUGAACCGUAUCACCUCCCACCUCUGCCUCCCGUGCAUCGCCCUGGGGAGAAGAGGGUUCCGCCUGUGCCCGUGCAGCUCAACGAGGCUCCUCCGAAGAAACAACAUGAGGAGAUGGAUAUCUCGCACCGCAUGCUGAGCCUGCUGAUCCGAUGCAAUGACAUCGUUAGCAGGCUCAGGUCGUUGCCCGGAUUCGUGCCCUAUUGUCCUCUCUGAGGUCAGUGGCGGCGGAUCGGAUCGCUGGAGAAGUCGCCGGGUUUGCAGUGUGUUGUGUUCGUGAGAACUUGGAUUUGAAUCUUGUUAUCUCCUCUGCUUGUUGUUCUUCGUUAAUGCUUUCACCAAAAACUCAGAUUUAGCUUUCCGCGUCGGACCCUUUUAAGCGCUCUAAAUUGGGCUGUGUUUUUUAGGGGAAUUUGGCCCAGUAAUUAGGACAACUAAAACAUGACGGGUUGAAGUUAUAAUGGAUUAUAUGGUUUAUUGAA